AUGUCGGGCUUCGAGGUGGCAGGAGUUGUGCUUGCCGUCUUGCCUUUCUUCAUCGAAGCCGGCAAAGCGUACGGCGACCAUGCCACUGCGCUCCAGAAGGCGGUGACGCGGUCCACAAGGGACAAGGAGUUGCAGGAGUUCUACGAAGAGUUCUAUUGGGACACCUACGAACUACGGAAGAACAUUGAGAAAGUCGUCCUGGUACUUCCCAGCCUGUCUGACGAGCGAAAGCAGCAGGUCAUCCGCAGCACCAACCUCGACACUUGGGACCAGGCCCAGGACGUGGCGGCAGCGCUGCAAGACUUUUUGGGUGCCGACGACUACGAUGCCUUCCAAAUGGUUAUGGGAAAAGUCUUGGAACUACUUGCGCGUCUUAUCAAAGACAAGACGGUACAUAUAUCGAAGUCAGAGAAAGACCACAGAAAAAUGCUGGAAAAACUCAAGAACUUGCAAAAGGACCGUGCGGAUAACAAGACAUCCACCAGCCUCUGGGAACGCUUCAAAUUUCUCAAGGAAGAACGCCGCUCAACGUAUCUGAAGAAUCUGAAAAGGUGGAAUGAGAGAUUCGGAAAGGUCGUCGAUUCCGCCUGCGAGGCAGCGAACGAGCGUAAGGCCGUUGUGAUGCAUCAGAAGGAGAAAGGACCUUCGACCCGCCUGCGUACCCUCUCCAAGAGACUCUUCAGUGCGCUCUGGAGACGCUGGUCGUGCAGCUGCGAGACGCCCCACGAGGCGAGAUUCUGUAUCGCCACGUGUGGCCGCAAUUCGAAGAAUGAUCUCAGCAAAACCAGUAUCACCUUCGAUUUCCUCAUCUCGCAUCACCAGUCGAAGUGGUGUGAGGGUACGGUUGUGAUCGAGUCUAUGAACCUCACAACAUCUCAAGACCGUGCCGAGCUUCGAAAUGUCUGCGAGGCCAUCACGUCAGGAAUGAACCCUGCUAAGUACAGCGUGCAGCUCCUCGUGGAAGACUCCGAGCUAUCCCAACGGAUAUGGAGGCUCAAUAUGCAAGAAGCCAAGCUUCAUUAUCCAGAAGCGUUUCCUGCCAUCUCCUUUGAAACACUGCUGAGCCGGCCCAUGCCAUCACUCAUCGAAAGACGACGACUCGCACUCACCUUCGCCUACUCGUUUAUGCAGCUCUAUGAGAGCCCCUGGCUGAGCGGGCAAUGGGAGAAGAAACGCAUGCACUUUUUUCGUAUGGCCUCCGGAGACCCUGAUUUGAAAAGACCAUUUCUCAGCGCCUCGUUCGACCAGUUCCCCUGCGGGCCAGAACCAGUUGAUCUACGCCGUUUCCAUAGGAACUCGGGAAUUUUGAGGUUGGGAAUACUCCUGAUAGAGGUUCACAUAUGGAAGCCCCUUGAGCGUUUCAGGGACGAAGAUGACCUGAUAAAUGGCCAGCCUACUCCGAACACAGACAUGGAGGUCGCGAAGCGUGUGUUGAAGACACUAAAAGGUGAUUGCUUCCAAACAUACACGAGCGCGAUUGAAUCAUGUCUAAGCGUGCCGUGGGUCUCAUCGGUGUCAAGGGUCAGCUUGGAUGACCCUGAGACUUGGUUUGGCAUGUAUCGUGACAUUGUCGAGCCUCUGGAGAAGGAGGUGAAUUUGGGGAACUUCAAGCCAAUAAUGUAG